AAGCGACCACAGAGCAUCGGCAUCAUGCGCGUCGCACUUUCGUGGAGCGUUCUCUGGCUGACACUCGCGACGGCGCCAUGGAAGUCGCAGGGGGCUGCUGUGCCUUGGCCGGCGGCUGACUGUAAGCAUCCCGGAGUACUGGCCUUGGAAAGAGCAGGAGACUUCGAGGGAGACAUCCUCCGGCCACGGGACAAUUCCGCUGAUCGGAAUGCAGUUACUAAAAAGGACCGCCUGUGGCCCGGAGGAAUCAUUCCUUACGUCAUCGACGCUCAACUCAAUCGCACCACGAAGAAGAUUCUGAGGGCAAUGGCCAAUAUCCAAUCUAAAAGCUGCUUGCGCUUUGUGGCCCGCAGAAAGCAUGAGAACUACCUGCACAUCAUGCGCGGAGACGGCUGCAGUUCGCCCGUUGGGCGCAGGGGCGGCGCACAAAAGCUGUCCCUAGGCAGAGACUGUCUCUACCAGGGCAUCAUCGUGCACGAGCUGACGCACGCGGUGGGCUUUGCGCACGAGCACUCCCGUUCGGACAGGGACCAAUACAUCGACGUGUUCACGGAGAACGCGGAGUCAGCUGGGCUCUGUCGUCGCGAAGCUACCCUGCUUUGUCGACUAUGGCUAGGGGUGGCUUUCACCAAGUCUUUCGCUUACCGAAUUGGAUGGGCCGACGACGCCUCGUGUGAGGACUGUGGUAACGAGGAGACUUUUCAACACCUUCUUUGUGACUGUUCUCGAUAUACUUUACAGAGACAAUCACUUGCAACCGCGAUAGCGCGCUUUGACCAAAGACCUCUCACAGAGGAACUCAUUUUCAGAUACCGCCAUCAUAAGCCAUCGCAGCAGAGGGCGACGAGGGCACUGUUGCGGUUCUUGAGGGCGACAGAACUGGACAGGCGACUGUAGCCUGAACAGAUGUUGAUAGUGCUACAAGUGUCAGUGUGCUGUGCGAUGACAGUGUUCGGUGACAGUGACCGAUUGUGAUUGUGUGUCUAUGCUCCUUCCUUUCCUUAUCUCUACUUUGUUUCCACUUUACCUCCCCCUCCCCUCUCUCCCCAGCGUAGGGUAGCCAACCGGAUUUUUUUUUCUCUGGUUAACCUCCCUGCCUUUCCCCUUUCCUCUGUCUCUCUCUCUCUGUUGUAAAUUACUAGAGCACAUCAUAUCAUCCAACGUCAUGAAAUUUCUAUCAGAUCACAAUUUCUUCGCUAGCAAUCAGCAUGAUUUCCUUCGUGGUCGUUCCUGUGAACCCCAACUAUUCGAAUUGGUAACUGACCUCCACGAAGUCGUUCAUGGUGGACUAAAAAUAGAUGCUAUAUUUAUUGAUUUUGCAAAAAGCAUUUGACAAAGUUCCGCACAUCCGCUUAUUAAUGAAGCUAACGAACCUUGACAUAAACAGUACGAUUACAAAUUGGAUAGCUAAUUUUUUAACCAACCGAAGGCAAUCAGUCUACGUGAAUGGGUACUCAUCUUCACUUUCGCAUGUAAAAUCCGGUGUACCGCAGGGUUCGGUCCUGGGUUCAAUAUUAUUUCUGAUCUAUAUUAACGACAUAGGAAACACUUUAUCUUCCACCAUAAGGUUAUUCGCAGACGACUGUAUCAUCUACGGACAAAUUAGCAACGCGGAAGACAAGAACUCAUUACAGGUAGACCAAGACAAACUCGCAUUUUAGUGUUGCCAGUGGCAAAUGGAAAUUAACGUUUUUAAAACUAAGGCCAUGACGUUCACGAGAACACAUAAUCCAGAAUUAAGCUAUUACACGAUUCAGGGAAUCCCUGUUGAGAAAGCAUCCACAUUUAAAUAUCUCGGAGUUCAUUUAUGUUCUGAUUUAUCUUGGAACGAGCUCAUUAAUACCAUAACCAGUAAGGCAUCCAAAACACUCGGCUUCAUUAAACGCAACUUAUACUUGGCUAACUCUGCUACUAAGUUAUUAGCAUACACUAUGCUUGUUCGUUCAAAGGUAGACUACGCAUCCAUUAUUUGGAAUCCGCAUCAGACCUAUCUGAUCGAUCAGCUCGAAGCAUUACAAAAUAAAGCAGCAAGAUAUACCACAAAAAAUACUCGCGUAACUAAAGUGUUACGGAAAUCAAGGAAUCCCUUUCAUUGCCCUCUCUUCAAAACCGCCGACUAAUAACAUUGUUAUCACAUUUUCACGCACUUUAUCAUAGUAGAUCCCCGUUCCGUGAAUCUUACAUCAAUGCAGCUCAUACUAUUUUUCAGCGUUUUGAUCACCCAUUUAAAGUGCAAGCCCUUUUUGCUCGCACUAAUCUGUACCGUCAUUCACCAUUACUUUUGGCAAUAUAUCAUUGCAAUAGACUACCGAGGGACAUUGUAUCUGCCAUUAACCAUGAUGUUUUUGUUAAGAAGUUGAAGGCUUUCCUAAAUGUGUGAUUAUUUCUGUGUUGAGUGCCUACUUGCGUAUGUUAUUCUUUCUGUAUAUAAUUAUGUCACUCUCACUGUAUCUUACCUAUGUUCUUUUUCUACACGUUUGUAAUUGUAACUGGCUCCCUGCCCCCCCCCCCCCCCCCCAUGUAAUG